GCACCACGGUUCCCUGCUCUCUCCCAGUAAGAAACCACUAAGCUGGCUAGGCUAACAGAGCUAACAGCCGAGUGGGGAGAGAAGGAAAACCCUCCUGGAACAACUUCCACUACAGGGAUCCACAGAAGGAAAUGACUGAGGGAAUUCUGGUAAUUCUCUACUGGCUAGAACACUCAGACUAGGGGGAAAAAGGGGGGAAAAGCCAGGCAGUAACGGAAGGUAUCUGUUUCGGGACUCCGGAGUGAGAGGCUUCCUUGGGCCAGUUUUUAGAUAAGAUAGGAGAACUCUACGCCAGCCACGGAGAACUUGUCUGUCAUUGCUUCGUCAGGAGGACUUCAGGGAAGGAGUGGGAGACUGCAGCCGGUAGAGCCAGUGACUUGCUGUCAAGGUGUAAAGAGGGAUAGUACAGCUCCUAGACCUGGACCUGACCCAUUCUCUCCCAACCCCAGACCAAAUAUAGCCGAGCACACUCAGCACAGUCUGGAGAAGAAGAGAGGAGAGGGGGAGAGAGAAGGAGAACCACCGGAGCCAAAUUUGACUGGACUUCACGUUGGAAAUCAUCACUCCUUGUCGCCGGCUGAUUCUGUGUGCGGAGAACAGGAAAGAGAUGGAGGACUGGAUGGCAGCCCUGAAGAGCGUUCAGAACAGAGAACACUUUGAGUCCACCCAGUAUAGCAUGGAUCACUUCUCUGGGAUGCAUAACUGGUACGCCUGCUCCCACGCCCGGCCCACCUACUGCAACGUGUGCCGCGAGGCCCUGUCCGGAGUCACCUCGCACGGACUGUCCUGUGAAGUGUGUAAGUUCAAGGCCCACAAACGUUGUGCUGUCCGAGCGACCAACAACUGCAAGUGGACUACUCUGGCCUCCAUUGGGAAGGACAUCAUCGAAGAUGAGGAUGGGAUCUCUAUGCCUCACCAGUGGCUGGAGGGCAACCUGCCGGUUAGUGCUAAGUGUACAGUGUGUGACAAGACGUGUGGCAGUGUGCUCCGACUGCAGGAUUGGCGCUGCCUCUGGUGCAAGGCCAUGGUGCACACGCUGUGUAAGGAGCAGCUGUCCACUAAGUGUCCCUUGGGGCAGUGUAAGGUUUCGGUCAUCCCCCCCACAGCCCUCAACAGCAUCGACUCCGACGGGUUCUGGAAGGCCACCUGCCCGCCUUCCUGCACCAGCCCUCUCCUGGUGUUUGUCAACAGUAAGAGUGGAGACAACCAGGGCAUCAAGUUCCUGCGCCGCUUUAAACAGCUGCUCAACCCUGCCCAAGUCUUUGACCUCAUGAACGGUGGGCCACACCUUGGUUUACGGCUCUUCCAGAAGUUCGACACGUUCCGGAUCCUGGUGUGUGGGGGUGACGGCAGCGUGGGCUGGGUCCUCUCUGAGAUCGACACUCUGACGCUCCACAAACAAUGCCAGCUGGGUGUUCUGCCCCUGGGGACAGGAAAUGACCUCGCCCGCGUCCUGGGCUGGGGCUCGGCCUGUGACGAUGACGCACAGCUGCCUCAAAUACUGGAGAAGCUUGAGAGGGCCAGCACCAAGAUGCUUGACAGGUGGAGUAUUAUGGUGUAUGAGACAAAGUUCCCACGGCAACAUUCCAGCUCUACGGUGACAGAGGAUUGCAGCGAUGACUCUGAGGUGCAACAGAUUCUGACCUACGAAGACUCUGUGGCAGCCCACCUGUCCAAGAUCUUGACUUCAGAUCAGCACUCAGUGGUCAUCUCCUCCGCUAAGGUACUGUGUGAGACAGUGAAGGACUUUGUGGCUCGAGUGGGGAAGGCCUACGAGAAGAACAAGGAGAGCUCCGAGGAGUCAGAGGCUAUGGCCAAGAAGUGUGGGGUUCUGAAGGAAAAGCUGGACUCGCUGCUGAAGACGCUCAACGAGGAGGCGCAGGCAUCUACUAUGAUGCCCCCUCCCACCAUCGCUGAGGAGCAGGAGGAGGGCGAGGGGGUUCUGGUGCCAUCGUCACCCGCACCUGCCGCCAUCCCGUGCUCCCCCAGGCCCCUGACGGCCAUCUUUAAACCCAGGGAACAGCUGAUGCUGAGAGCCAACAGCCUGAAGAAAGCCAUCAGGCAGAUAAUCGAGCACACUGAGAAAGCGGUGGACGAGCAGAAUGCACAGACUCAGGAGGUGUUUGCUCUGGGGGUGGAGGAGGAGGAGGAGGAAGAACCGAACAAGCUGUCUCUGCAGUUGUCCUACAGCGGGAACGCCUGUAACAGCACCAGGAGCCAUCCAGUCCGCAGAGUUUCCAAGACUCCUUGUGAGAAGCUCAUCAGCAAAGGAAGCCUGUCACUGGGCAGUUCUGCGUUACUUCCCGCCCAGACAGGAAGUCGCGAGAACAUGCCGAUGCUCAACACCAAGAUCCUCUACCCAAGUCUCAGGGCUGGUAUCUCUGGCUCCCUCUCCAGCAGUUCAGUCAUCAGCAGACUGCUGGUCAACGCUGACUCCUUCAGCUGCGACCCAGAGACCUUUGACUGCUACACUGAGAAAUGUGUGAUGAACAACUACUUUGGGAUCGGCCUGGAUGCUAAGAUCUCACUGGACUUCAACAAUAAGCGGGACGAGCAUCCCGAGAAGUGCAGGAGUCGCACCAAAAACAUGAUGUGGUACGGGGUUCUGGGCACCAAGGAGCUGCUGCAUCGCACCUACAAGAACCUAGAGCAGAAGGUAUUGUUGGAGUGCGACGGGAGGCCUAUCCCCCUCCCCAGCCUGCAGGGCAUAGCUGUCCUGAACAUCCCAAGCUAUGCAGGCGGCACCAACUUCUGGGGCGGGACCAAAGAGGAUGAUACGUUCACGGCGCCGUCCUUUGACGAUAAGAUCCUGGAGGUGGUGGCGGUGUUUGGCAGCAUUCAAAUGGCUGUGUCCAGAGUCAUCAACCUGCAGCACCACCGUAUCGCACAGUGUCGUACAGUGAAGAUCACCAUCCUCGGGGAUGAGGGCGUGCCGGUGCAGGUGGACGGAGAGGCCUGGGUCCAGCCCCCGGGGUACAUCAAGAUUAUCCACAAGAACCGAACCCAGACUCUCACCAGAGACCGAGCCUUCGAGAGCACGCUGAAGUCGUGGGAAGACAAGCAGAGGUGCGAGUUCCCCCGGCCGCUGCCCCAGUAUGCAUUGCAGCCGGAGAUCGUAUCCGAGGAAGAAGCCUCCCAGAUCAACCUGUUUGGACAGGCGGCCGGCGCCCUCAUCCACAGUAUCCGAGAGAUCGCCCAGUCCCACCACAGUAUGGAGCAGGAGCUGGCCCAUGCCGUCAACGCAAGCUCGAAGGCCAUGGACGUGGUCUACGCCAAUUCCAAGAGCACAGGGGGUCUGAACUGCAGUGUUGUGGUUCAAAUGGUCAGUAACGUCAAGGCCCUUCACAGUGAGACAGAGCUGCUACUGGCAGGCAAGAUGUGCCUGCAGUUGGACCCUCCUCAGAAGGAGCAGUUAACUGGAGCCCUGGGAACUGUGGCCCAGCAGCUACGCAGACUCCCAGACAUACCCUGGCUGUGUCAGCUCAUCGAACCUGGGGAUGAUGAGGGACACCUGACGGAUUUCUCCAAGCGCAGCCGCAGUGCCAAGUUCCGUCUCGUCCCCAAGUUCAAGAAGGACAAAAACAACAAGAACAAGGAGGCCUGUGCCACUCUCACACUGCCAGUGCACCAGUGGGGCACAGAGGAGGUAGCCGCCUGGCUGGAGCUCAUCUGUCUCACCGAGUACAAGGAGAUCUUUAUUGGGCACGACGUGCGCGGCGCCGAGCUGCUGCACCUGGAGAGGAGGGAUCUCAAGGAUUUGGGGGUGACGAAGGUUGGCCACAUGAAGCGUAUUCUCCAGGGUAUCAGAGAGUUGAGUCGCAGCAGCACUGCCAGCGAAGCCUAGGCUCUCUCCUGUACAACUGUGUGUGCUGCACCAGACCCUCUACCUAAACUGACUGUACCCAGCCAUGCUGUACCCACGCCUCCCAAGCCUUGAACAGCUUGAACCCAACGGGACCAAUAUACACUCAAAUAUGGAUACACUCAAAAUUUACCACAGUGCCUUUCUUCACACCCCAUCUCUGCAGCGUCCAUGUCUGGGAGCAACCAACUGAACUGCAAACGGAGGAGGCCAAACCACUAUCGCCACUGGGGAGGGGUGUUCAAUGAUGUCAGUUGAGAGAGAGGAAGGUCAGGAGAGAUUGCAGGGAAUCCAAUCGGGCUGACUACCAGGAACAAACUCUGCUGACAGAAAAACUAAACUACCCAGAAUGCCUUAUCAACAAACCAGCGCCAGACUCCACCAAUUAACGUUUGACCAAUUGAACUUUAAACAGUUGAUACAUUUCAGAAGCUUGUUUGCCAAGUCAAGGAAGAUGCAGAAACUAGCAAGGCUGCAUUUCGAAUGACCCUAUUCCUCAUAUGAGACACUAUUUUUGACCAGAGCUUCAUAGGUCAAGAGGUAAUGCACUGCAUGAUUCUAGGAGGUGUCUUUUGAACAUAUAGAGUGGGCACCAUAGGUUAUAUUUCCAUAGUUUCCACUGACUGGAUCAUGGAAAAGACUUAUGGAAGAGGCUGAGUUUUUCGUAUUGAAAUAUGCAUCUAUUUAUUUCGUAUGCGUUGUACUGGAUAUGUUGAGUUUGAAUGCGUUUGAACCAGGAUGUUUCUGAAAGUGACGUGGGAUGCCAGGUAAUAGGUUCCCAAAAGAGAAACAGAUAGACUGGAAGAGGUCUGAACUACAAGGAUAAGCAGCGACAAUCAACCAAUCACUUCAAACAACCUUCAGCCUUUUCCCAGGCGCAUGUGUCAUUUCUCUUUCUCCUUAUGUCUCUCCUCGUCCCUGUCCUUUUUAUAUGAAUAACAAUUACAAUUCCAACUACCUAGGUUGAAUGUGGGGCCGGUGAACUAGACGAAAGCGACGACCCUGCUUUGUGACCAAACGUCAUUUUAGAGCGUGAUAGGCCCCCGAUUGUUCGUGUUCAUUAGUGCACAUCGGAGAUUCAGGUAGUCUCCCCGUUUCAAAAGGUUUCCCUCCUACUGAACACAACACUCAUGUAUUGUAGGGAAAAGCCAAACUUGACCAUGCCUUAAAUAAUCUACAAACUGUCACAUAUCAGGCAGAUCUCUGGGUGUGUGGAGCAUGUCUUGGCACCCUUUUGGUGUCCAUAAGAUCACAUUUUUCGAACACUGCCUUAAGAUUAUUCACCUCGGUUAAAGUAGUUUCCCGGACUCAGAUUAAGCCUAUUGCUGGAUUAAACAGGCACACUCAAUGGAGAAUCUACCUCGAAAGUGCUUUUUAGUCCAAGAGUGGGCUCAAUCUGGCUCCAAGAAACUGGCCGGUAAUGUUUAAGGCCUCUAGUUUCUCCUGACCAAGUUAUAUCCUGAAACUCAAAUCAACCGCUCGUCCCUACACCUGUGGGCACUUGUGUAGAUAUGACAGGAUUGGAUAGGUCAAUAAGCAAUAUGGUGGUAGCUCAGUUUUGCCCUCUGACAGGCCAGAUGGAAUUGUCGCCAAUUGCUUAUACCUAUCCUCUUAGGUCUGCACAAACAAAUAGGAGGUAGGGAUUGAGGGUUUAUUUGGGAUUCGGUUCAAAUCUAGGGUAUAAUAAGUAUGGCCCAGUGUUCUUCCUGGUCAAGUCCCUGGGUCAGGAGAAACUCUUUGGCCUAGUCAUGUUCUCUCCCACUCAGUCCCGUGUGGAUGUCCAGGUUCUGUUUUAUGUCUGGCUGUGCAGCGUUGCAAUUGUUUUCAUUAUGGUCUGUAUGGUCAUAUCAUUUCCCUCCUCGCAACCUUUGGGGUUGUCCCUUUCUUCUUUGCUUGUCGAGAAUCGAGAACCCCUGGGAAGCGGUCUCUUCCCGUUCCAGUAUUUAUUGAUAAUUUAUACGUUAGAAAUAAUACCGUAUGCUAUACCUCUUUUUUCCAUGUACAUAAGCCCGACCCACUUGGUUGUAAAUAUGUCUGUCUUGUAUAUUGAAAUACCGCCAUCCUGUAAUAAAAAUUGGAUAUGUGUGA